AUGGCCCGUCGCUAAGAAAAACAAAACAAACAGUCCGUGUAAGCUGAAUGGUGGUGCCGCUCAACUUGUAGAAAAUGAGUUUUAAAAUCGGCAUCAACGGAUUUGGCCGGAUCGGCCGUAUUGUGAUGCGGGCAGCCUUGGCUAAAGGGGUGACCAUUGCCCUCAUUAACGACCCCUUCAUUAACCUGGAGUACAUGGUCUACAUGUUCAAAUACGACUCGACCCACGGGACGUACCCCGGGGAGGUGAGCUUCUCCAAGGACAAGCUGGUGGUGGACGCCCAGGAGAUCAAGGUGACCAAUGAGAAGGACCCCGCCCAGAUCCCGUGGGGGGAGAACGACGUGUACUACGUGGUCGAGUCGUCGGGGGCUUUCACCACUCUAGAGAAGGCUGAGGAGCAUCUCAAGGGAGGGGCCAAAAAGGUGAUCAUCUCCGCGCCGUCAGCAGACGCCCCGAUGUUUGUGAUGGGGGUGAACCAUGAGACCUACAGCGCCAACAUCAACGUGCUCAGCAACGCCUCGUGCACCACCAACUGUCUGGCGCCUCUGGCUAAAGUCAUACACGACAACUUCGGCAUCGUGGAGGCCCUUAUGACGACGGUACACGCAACGACAGCUACACAAAAAACAGUGGACGGACCCAGCUCAAAGGAUUGGAGAGGAGGACGUGGCGCCGGACAGAACAUCAUACCCUCGUCUACCGGUGCCGCUAAAGCCGUGGGUGUGGUGAUUCCAGAACUGAACGGCAAGCUGACGGGGAUGGCCUUCAGGGUGCCAACUGCUAACGUGUCGGUCGUUGACCUGACAUGUCGCCUUGAGAAAGGGGCUGACUACGAGCUGAUCAAAAGUCUGAUGAAGGCAGCGUCUGAAGGCGCCAUGAAGGGGAUUCUGGGAUACACAGAGGACGAUAUCGUCUCUACCGACGUAUGCGGUCAGACUUACAGCUCCCUGUUUGACGCCAAGGCUGGGAUUAGCCUGAACGACAACUUCGUCAAGCUGAUCAGCUGGUACGACAACGAGAUGGGCUACAGCCACCGUGUGGUGGAGCUCAUCCAAUACAUGAACACGGUGGACAACUAGG